AUGGGUGCUUUUGGUAGAGUUCUUGUAAUGAUGGCUAUAGUGACGUUAACCAGAGUUUCUGCGGAUCCAGACAUGCUUCAAGAUCUUUGUGUUGCGGAUCUCACUUCUGCUGUGAAGGUGAAUGGAUUUACUUGCAAGUCCAAUGUGACUGAAGAGGACUUCUUCUUCGCUGGCCUAGCUAAACCCGGAGCCACCAAUAACUCCAUGGGAUUAGUGGUUACAGCAGCCAAUGUGCAGAAAAUUCCUGGCCUCAACACCCUCGGCGUGUCACUUUCGCGAGUCGACUAUGCCCCUGGUGGCCUAAAUCCGCCUCACACCCACCCGCGAGCCACCGAGAUAGUUUUCGUGCUGAAAGGUAAAUUGGAUGUGGGAUUCAUCACCACAGCAAAUGUCCUCAUUUCCAAGUCAAUCAAAAAGGGCGAAAUCUUUGUUUUCCCUAAAGGCUUAGUUCACUUCCAGAAGAACAAUGGGAAGGUGGCUGCCGCCGCAAUUGCAGCCUUCAACAGCCAGUUGCCGGGGACGCAAUCCAUUGCCGCCGCAUUGUUUGCUGCUUCACCACCUGUGCCUGACAAUGUUCUCUCGAAGGCAUUCCAAGUCGGUACAAAGGAAGUUGACAAAAUCAAGUCCAAAUUUGCACCCAAAAAUUAG